AAGACCAAGGAGAGGAGGAGCUUUCUGCCUUUUAUGUGGGACUAGUAGUAGUAGUAAUACUGGUUCAAUUGUGGGGUGUGGAGUGUGAAAGCCACGCUUCCACGUAUCAUGUAUGCUUUUGAUGAGUUGAACUACAAACACUUGUACUUAAGAAAGACUAACGAGUUUUCUUUCAUCUGAUCUCUCCUUAUCUUCUCCUAUCUUCUACAUUUUACUAUACUAAUCAAGAGAAAAGAUCAUGGCCUUCCAAGUUCAAGCAGCAGCUUUACCUGCUACAGCUAAAUCUUCCCUCAUAUCUCCCACUGGAAAUGCCACCGGUCUCCGUCUACCCUCAGACCGUUUUGCUCUCAAAUCUUCCUUUUUCUCCUCCUCAUCGCUUAGGCUGCUUCUCUUAGUUUCUCCUCAGAAUCAAUGUCAGCCUCUGCUUUCUACGGCCCCAAGGUUCUCCAUGCGUGUUGCCUCCAAACAGGCCUACAUCUGCCGAGAUUGCGGGUACAUUUACAAUGACAGAACUCCCUUUGAGAAAUUGUCUGACAGUUACUUCUGCCCUGUUUGUGGUGCGCCCAAGCGAAGAUUUAGAGCAUACCAGCCUCCUGUCACCAAAAAUGCCAAUGACAAAGAUGUUAGGAAAGCCCGGAAAGAACAGCUUAAGAAAGAUGAAGCAAUCGGGAAAGCACUGCCUAUUGCUGUUGCAGUUGGAGUUGUUGCACUUGCUGCAUUGUACUUUUACCUCAACAACUCCUUUUAGGCAAAGGAUAAUUGUAAGCAUAUGAUGUUGUACCACGGUCCAUGGUUUGAAUUGAAGCUCCAAAACCAUUUUGAGUAAUUCAAUAGUUCUUCCAACUGUGUUCUCAAUACCUUUAUCUAAUCCCUGCAACUACAAUUGCAAUUCAUCUCAUUUGGUUAAAGCUGCUAAAAAACUACAAGGGGAGCUGAACUAAAAGGCAGUUACAUUAUAUUCAUGUAUGGAGAAAUUACAAAAAUCUUUUGAACACAAUGUAAGAGGAAAUUGAUUUCAUUGAAUCCUUCACCAUAUUUGUUAA